UUUGCCAGCCCUCAAGAGUAGGAUGGAUCUUGACGUGGUUAACAUGUUUGUGAUCGCAGGCGGCACCCUGGCCAUUCCAAUCCUGGCCUUUGUAGCCUCGUUUCUCCUGUGGCCUUCGGCACUGAUAAAAAUCUAUUAUUGGUACUGGCGGAGGACUUUGGGCAUGCAGGUCCGCUAUGUCAACCAUGAAGACUAUCAAUUCUGUUAUUCCUUCCGUGGCAGACCUGGGCACAAACCCACCAUCCUCAUGCUCCAUGGGUUCUCUACACAUAAGGAUAUGUGGCUCAGUGUGGUCAAGUUCCUUCCAAAGAACCUGCACUUGGUCUGUGUGGACAUGCCAGGACAUGAAGGGACCACCCGCUCCUCCCUGGAUGACUUGUCCAUAGACGGGCAAGUUAAGAGAAUACACCAGUUUGUAGAAUGCCUCAAGUUGAACAAAAAACCCUUCCAUCUGGUAGGCACCUCCAUGGGCGGUCAUGUGGCUGGGGUAUAUGCUGCUUACUACCCAUCAGAUGUCUGCAGCCUAUCCCUUGUGUGCCCUGCUGGCCUGCAGUACUCAACUGAUAAUCAGUUUGUACAACGGCUGAAAGAGCUACAGGACUCAGCUGCAGUAGAGAAGAUUCCUUUAAUCCCGUCCACCCCAGAAGAGAUGAGUGAAAUGCUCCAGCUCUGCUCUUAUGUCCGCUUCAAGGUGCCCCAGCAGAUCCUGCAGGGCCUUGUUGAUGUCCGCAUCCCUCAUAACGACUUCUACCGAAAGUUGUUUUUGGAAAUCGUCAGUGAGAGGUCGAGACACUCCCUCCAUCAGAACAUGGACAAGAUCAAGGUCCCGACGCAGAUCAUCUGGGGAAAACAAGACCAGGUGCUUGAUGUGUCUGGAGCAGACAUGUUAGCCAAGUCAAUUGCCAACUGCCAGGUGGAACUUCUAGAAAACUGUGGGCAUACAGUGGUGAUGGAGAGACCCAGGAAGACAGCCAAACUCAUUGUCGACUUUUUAGCUUCUGUGCACAACACAGACAACAACAAGAAGCUGGACUGA